AUGUUGACGAAUUCUCUCAACGUGGUGUCGGCAGUCGCUGGCCUGACUGGUGUAAGCACCCAUGUCCUACUUUACCGCCAUGGAGAGUGGGACGUGAAGGCCCCGUCGGUCGUGAUCAACUAUGCCAUCCUGGCCGCUAUUUUGAACUUUCGAUUAUAUGAGGAGACGGCAAAGCUUCAUGAGAAAUAUGGCGAUUACGUGCGCAUUGGUCCCUCUGAGCUCUCUGUCACAGACCCGACCGCGGUGAAACUAUUUUACAGUUCCCUCGCGACAGCUCACAAAGGGCCAUGGUACAACUGCCUCGAGCCACGUGUGUCUCUCCAAACUGAUCGCGACAAGGCCUCCCACGCACGCCGACGGAAGGUCUGGGAUCAAGGAUUUAGCUCUCAAGCUUUGAGAGACUACGAGCCCCGCGUGGCCCACUAUGCUGCGCAACUCAUUCAGGCCAUCGAAAAGGCGGCGACCAAGCCAAUGAACAUGACCCAAUGGUUCAAUUACUACUCAAUGGACGUCAUGGGCGAUCUUUCACUGGGCAGAUCGUUUGAUCUGGUCGCGGAUGGUGAGGACAAGUACUUCCUCACUCAAUUACACGCCGAUAUGAAAAUGAUUGGAUUGUUCAGCCAUUUGAUGUGGCUAUUCCCUUUCUUCAAGCGCAUUCCAGGUAUUAAUGCCGAUUAUCUCAAGUUUUGGAAAUGGCUUGGUGAUCAUGUCGACCAUCGCAUGAAGAAUGCUCCAAGUCGCCCGGAUGUCUUUUCGUGGCUGUUGAAUGCAUUUGAGCAGACCUCCAAGACUAAGCAAGACCUUCUUAACCUACACGGAGACACAUACUUAAUCAGCGUUGCGGGAAGUGACACAACUGCGGCGACUAUGACAAACGUCUUCUAUGAGCUGGCCAAGGAUCUCCCUCUUCAAAGGGCACUCCAAGCUGAACUGGAUGCGCUGCCGGAUAUUUCUACUGACCAAUUGUCGGGCCUGAAGUUCCUUGAUGCCAUAAUCAAUGAAACUCUUCGCCUUCACCCACUUAUACCCUCUGGGCUACAGAGAAUGACGCCUCGCCAAGGUAUCCAGAUUGGCGACACAUAUAUUCCUGGUGACGUAAUGGUUGCGAUGCCCAUGCACACACUCUUCAGAGAUGAAAGAGUAUUUGGGCGUCCGAACGAGUUCGUUCCCGAGCGAUGGACGACUGAACCCGAGCUCAUCAAAGACGCUUCGGCGUUUAUUCCAUUUGGAGCCGGUCCGUACGUCUGUGUUGGAAAACAGUUGGCUUUCAUGGAAAUUCGACGAGUCACCGCUGAGAUCCUCACUCGAUAUGAUGUUUCUUUCGCCCCUGAGUAUAACGAGGCAUCGUUCUGGAAAGGGAAACAGGAUGCGUUCACUUUGGUUGCGGCUCCUAUGGAGAUGGUUUUCAAUGAGCGGAAGUAA